AUGCAAUUACAUAAACGGCUGUUACUUCCUCAGGCAUAUCUGACUAACUUCCAUAACAGAGUCAGGAAUGAGGAUGCCAUCCCACUUUGUUCUGUCGUCCAACAGACAUCAAGAGCACACAAGAGAGCCAAGAUCGUUAACUACACAGAGGUAGACAUUGCUGAUCCCUUUGAUGAAGCUGACAAUGAUGGGUUUGAUGUUGAUAUGGACGGCAAAGGCGACUACGAUGGCGGUGAUGCUGGUUCCGAACCUGGCUCUCCUCAAGCAGAAGGAGACGAGAAUGGAACCAGUAACUCUGGCACAGGUAAUGCUGCCGUAGUUAACCAAGAUGCAUUACCUGAUUUAAUUGAUCAACCUGAAUUGUUGAAUAUUAUUAAGUACCCACAUAUUAAGGAGACAUUUAUGCAAAGUAGCGUGGCGACACCAUAUAGAUUAAAUUUGUCUCAACCGGCGUUAACAACAACAGGUUCUGGAUCAAACGCUCAAUACCAUAACGAAGAACCUAUCAUUAUACCUAUCCAUUUUGAGAUCGAGGAUAAUGGCACGAUAUAUAGCGAUUUUUUUACAUGGAACCUUAAUGAUGUCUCGUUGACACCGGAAGAGUUUGCAUCAGUUUAUUGUGCUGAUUUAAAUCCUACAGGUCAUGAUGAUAUGAGUUCAUUCCAUCAACAGGUGGUAAGUACAAUCAAGGACCACAUUGAGGAAUAUGAAAAAGUUGCUGCUGUAAAAUUACCUGAUUUCCAUGCUAUUAUCAAUCUAACAUGUAAUCUGAACGAUAAAUUUUACGAUGACAAUUUUCAAUGGAAUCUAAGCGACACGACGUUUACCCCUGAGAUGUUUUCAGAAAUAGUUGUGUCAGAUUUAGGGCUUACAAGAGAUUUCUUACCUUUACUUUGUUAUUCAUUGCAUGACUCGGUGACUAAGAUUAAGAAGGAAUGGCUCGAGGGAAACUUGUCCCUGGGAGACACUACAUUGUUAAACGAUGCUGCAUUUGGCUAUUUAUCUGGUAUCAGAUUGGACAUCGAUGCCUUGGGGAUCAACUGGUGUCCGAAGGUGGAGAUUCUAACCCCACAAGAGAUUCAAAAACGUGAAAUUGAGAAAGAGAGAAACUUGAGAAGAUUGAAGAGAGAAUCGGAUAGACUUACAAGGAGAGGCCGUAGGCGUCUGGAUGACCUUGACACCACUUUACGGAUAUAG